AUGGAAGUCACAGGUGAACUUGAUUGCGGGACUUCUUUGCCGCCCCAAGUCGCAUCACUUGAUCAUCUUAUGGACGUUGAAAGUUUUGUCGCCUCAGUUGGUGACCUCUUGAGCCCCCCUGACUUUAAUGCAUUCGAUUUCGAAAACAAAAGCCUCUCGCCAAAAUGGUUCGACGACCUCUUCUCCAUAACGCCCCCAUCAUCUACAGACGUUAUUCCUCCACCUAGUGGUGAGAACAAGGGCAUACCUUUGGAAACCAAACCAUCUUCUGCAGAAUCGCAAAAUUGCCAAAACCAACAAGGCCUUUGCAUCAGCUUAGCAACGGGGCUGCUCAAGUCAAUGCAUUCCAGCUCACCGUCAUGUCUCUUAGGCGUAGGCAGCCAUGAUGGCAAGCCGCAGGUGUCUCGGGCAGUGGACAAUGUCUUGUCCGCCAACUACGAGGCUUUGCAGUCCAUGCGGGGCUUGCUCCGAUGCCCCUGCUAUUACACAAGCCCUCAGUUACAACUUCUUGUGACAAUUGUCUGCGCUGAGGCCAUCGCGUGGUACUGGCGUAUUAUCGACACUUAUAGCCACUGCAGUAGCACCAAUAUGGAUAGCGGCAUCCUACCAACAGAGAGAGUCGAGAUGUCGCGGCGAUCUUUCUUCAUUGGUGACCAGUGCCUGGAAAGCCAUUUGGAGGCGAAACUUAUUAGCCAAGUUGUUUCUAGUAGGCUGCAGGAACUGGAAGACCUGAUCGGAGACAUUUCGUGGAAUACGGAACAAUCGGCCGCCAUUACUAGUGAGCCUAAAAACCAUCCAAUGUACAGCGCUGUACAUCUUAGAAUGGAUGCUUUCCUCAAUACUCAGUUGGCUGCUGUUCGACGGGAACUAUUCAAUCUACAUACAGUAUGA